AAAAUUGAAAAAAUCAAUUGAAAUUAAUAAAAUUAAAUGGGACAAGAGCAGAUGACGUCAGAACUUUCAUGGCGACUAUUCGUUGAAGUUGCUGACUUGUUAUGAAGAUAACGCUUUUAAUUUGUUAACCCUCAAUUAAGAAGUAGUCAUCUAUCAAAAUUUGCAAUACAAAAUGAUUAUAACGUUAAAAACUUUACAACAACAAACUUUUAAGAUUGAAAUCGAUGCUAGUGAAACGGUUAAAGCAUUCAAAGAGAAAAUUGAAACAGAAAAAGGAAAAGAUUAUCCAGCUGGUUGUCAGAAAUUGAUAUAUGCAGGAAAGAUACUUAGUGAUGACACUCAAAUUAGUGAAUAUAACAUUGAUGAAAAGAAGUUUGUUGUCAUUAUGGUAACCAAACCAAAAUUAGGUACAGAUUCAGGUGAUACUACAAGUCAUGAAGCUGCAGCUAUACCAACUACUCCAGCAGUUGUUGCUGGAGCACCUCAGUUUUCUACUGCUACUACUUCUAGCACAACUGUAACAGAUAAUAAAGCUGCUACUUCUGAUAGAACAAGUGCAGAAUCUAAACCAACUGAAAAAGAAGUAAAUACAGAAUCAGGCAAUAAUAGGUAAGCAAUACAAAACUUAAUCUGUU